AUGGAUCUAGACUCAGGCACAAUCGCCAUCGACGAUGUCGACAUCGCCACGCUUCCCCACGAAUACGUCCGCUCCAAGAUCGUUGCCGUCCCGCAGGAAUCCUACAUUUUCGACGGCACCGUGCGGUUGAAUCUCGACCCAGGACAGGCAGCUUCGGAUGCGGAGAUCACGGCGGUCCUGAAAAGGGUUCAGCUCUGGGAGAAAGUCGAGGAGCGCGGCGGACUCGAUGCCGUUAUUGACGACAACUUCUUUUCGCAGGGCGAGGCGCAGUUGUUGGUUUUUGCUAGGGCUAUGUUGAGGAAGGAGAGGGUGUUGAUUUUGGAUGAGAUUACGAGCAGUUUGGACGACGAGUCUAGUAGAAUCAUCGACGAGGUGCUGCGCUUGUGGUUCAAAGAUUGGACCAUAAUCGCUAUCGCACAUAAGUUGGAGUCGAUACUGGACUUUGAUCGAGUUGCGGUGGUCGAUUCAGGAGUAGUUGUCGAGUACGGAGAGCCUCGUCAGCUUCUGAGGAGCGAAUCCUCGUUCAAAGCGUUGUAUGAACGCUCAUCGGGUGUGUGA